GGUAUUAUGGUGCUGAAAAGUUGUGGCAAGAUGAUGGUCGAUCGCCCGACGUCCAAGUUGUCGCAAUGACUGUGUGCCGCGUGGUGCUCAGAAUGGGCGGGGAGCUGCCCAAGAAUAUGCCCGUCGUCGAAUUUCACACAGGAGACCGACCGCGGCCCCACUGAGGAACUACUCGGCUAGCUCUUGAAGGCAGCAGCUUCAAACGGGAGGUGGAGUGUUAUAUACAGCGUAGAUAUAAUAACGCGCCACCAUGUCCUUAGCCGCGGUGAACAUUGCGGAGCUGCACGCUCCGGAAUGGCUGAAGUCCAGUUUGUAUCAAAUGUAAAAAUGUCUGGGUCUGGAAGAUUGCCAGUUAUGCACAUUUUGCAUGAAGACUCCUGAUGUCUGUGAUGCAUGCCCUAGCAUCACAGAUUUUGUGAGGGCUUCCUGAUGCCUCAACCGCAUGACAGAUGCUCUUUCCGUGUAGCAAAACUUGGACUCUCUUUGCUGCUCAUGCAAUAAAGAAUCCAAAAUCAGCAUGACAAGUUGGAUUCUUCCAGACCCAGACACUUUUACAGUUGAUAGUUUGAACAAAUUGGACGAAGAUGGCGAUGGGUUGGAUCGCGAAGAACUAGAGGAAAUGUUGCAGCGCUUGGCGGAAAUGAAACUCGCUGUGAAGAACAACUCCGCCGAUUUGGACUACAACAGCUUUCCAGAAAAGGUAUAACAUGCGCGCAGGUUUUCCUAGAAAUACUCGGCGUUUCCGUUUGCUGCUGUUGGCUCGUGGUUGUGGCCCGCCAGCACCAACGCCACUUGCAUCGUGCAUGAUGUGGCAUGUUAGAAGCUGUGCAUGUAGUAAUUGACCCUUGUACGACUUAUCAACUCUCCCUUUGUUUAUCUAUCAGGUAAAAACCGUCCUCAAGCUCUGGGACCCGGAGAACACGGGUGCCGUUUCCGUCUCCGAGCUAGCCCUCGCCGCCGAGGCGGAAAAACGCCUUCGAUGGGAGGGUAUCUUCCUCCGCCAGAUUCUGUACUUAACUUUCGUCGUCAUCGUCCUGAUGGCGGCGGUUUCGUUUAUUUCUGGGUUGUUGGCGAACGAGUACACGAAAAACUUCAAACCGGUUUUCCUCGCCGAUGAUGGAAAGACGAGCACAGAAAGCACCGGGUUUAUCCGGGAAAGAAGGCGACUCUUGGAAAGCAGCAGGAGUGCAGCAGCAGGAGGAGAAAGCGGAAGCGCUGCAGUAGUUGGAGGUUCUAGUGUGUCCGUGGAGUACGAAAGUGCGGAUGAAGAACCACAAAAAUUUUCAGUAGAACACUUCAAAAGACGCCAGCUCCAGGCAGUGAAAGCAAAGACGACAGAAAUCACCAAUACCAAAAUGGCCACCGGAGAGUUGGAAGACGUGAACAAUGGCGGGAGGAUCCAGCUGGCGCAGGCGAUCCGGACUUGUCAGGGAUACGAGGAAUUGUUGAAUUGUGUCUACGAUAUGACGGAACAUGAGCUGCAGAACGUGCAGUCCUUCCUUAUCCCGACUUUGCAAGGCCCGGUGACGCUGAAAGAAAUCGUGUCUGUGAAGAAGCAAAUGGAUAUGUUCGGAAAUUAUUUCGUCUCCGGUGUAGGGCAUCUCGGGCAGGGAAACAGUCUACCGUCGAC